UCUUUUCUCUCUCAGGUCUUCUCUCUCCUCUCUCCUCUCUCCUCUCUCCUCUGUCUAUCUCAUAAGUUUCUCUCUCUUUCUCUCUCACAGGUUUCUCUCUCCUCUCUCCUCUCUCCUCUCUCUCUCCAGAAGGGCAAAACCCUAAAGAGCCGUUUACACCCACCCAACUCCCCAUGGAUGAUGAUUCAUUGAACAUGCCCAAUUGGGGAUACUAUGAGGCCUCUUUUAAAGGCCAUCUUGGCCUGCAGCUUAUGACAAGCAUGGGUGAGCGUGACACGAAACCUUUUAUACCUGGGCGUGAUCCUCCGGUCAUGGUUAGCGCCGAUGGAUAUCAUCCUCGGGAUUGUGUUGUACAGGAUGCUCCCGUUCCAAUGAGCAACUAUAUGAGGGAGAGUUGGAUUAACCAGAGGGAUAAGUUUCUCACUAUGAUGCCGGCCAAUCCUAAUUAUGGUGUUCUUCCGGAAACUUCAGUCGCUCAGCACUCCAUGCAGAUCUUACAGCCACCUCCUGAUGCAUCAAGGGAUGAGAGGGUGAAUAGAAUGGAAGAGCCAGUUGUCCAGAAGGAAGGUGGCCCUUCAAAGAAAAGGCAGAAUGGUGGUGCCCCGAAAGCCCCAAAGGUGAAGAAGCCGAGGAAGCCAAAGGACAAUAGCAACCCUGCGGUUCCACGUGUGAAGCCCGCAAAAAAGAGUUUGGAUGUUGUCAUAAACGGGAUUACCAUGGACAUUUCAGGCAUUCCAAUUCCAGUUUGCUCAUGUACUGGAGCUCCCCAACAGUGUUAUCGGUGGGGGUGUGGUGGUUGGCAAUCCGCUUGUUGCACUACAAAUGUGUCUAUGUAUCCUUUGCCAAUGAGCACUAAACGGCGGGGUGCUAGGAUAGCUGGAAGAAAAAUGAGUCAGGGGGCUUUUAAAAAGGUAUUGGAGAAGCUUGCAGCUGAAGGUUAUAACUUUGCUAAUCCAAUUGAUUUGAGGACUCACUGGGCAAGACAUGGUACAAAUAAGUUCGUCACAAUCAGGUAGAGUUGCUCUGGUUGGUACCAUUAGUGGAAAUUCCAUUGCAUUUGUUCUGUUCCACCUGUAUAUAUUUCUGUGGCAUUUUGCAGAGAUCUAUCAGUUAAUUGUAGUCCUUGAAUUUCUGUCGUGACCGUAUACCUGCUCUUGAAAUUUCAAAUUGUUCUUUUGUUUAUGUUGUACUUUCGGCUAUGUGAUAAGGGCCAAUUUUUCUGGCCCCAGAAUUAUGCAGAUGAGUUAUCAUUUAUUGGAUUGUUGUUGGAUAAUCUCCAAUCUUUCAA